AAAUUUGAACAACACAAAAACAGGAAAUUGAAAACCCAAGUGUCCAAACACAUAGUACUCCUACUUAGAAUUAAGUCAUAAUCAACCCAAAAACUCAAAACUCACAAACAUGCAAGCACCAAAUUGCAUUAGAGAGGCAUGCUUCAACACCUGCUGCUCCCCUCCCCUCCUCCACACUUCCCCUCCGCCCUCCUCCGAUUUCGUCUCCGCCAUCGCCUCCACCCUCCACCCGCACAAGGUCUUCACCAACCACGAGUCGCUCCCCCCUCCGGGGGAGCUCCUCUCCGCCCUCACCGCCGCCGUCCCCAGCUACUCGAACAACUCCGCCGCCCAAGAAUACCGCCACCUCGGCCGCGUCUCCCUUGACUACAUCGGCCACGGCCUAUUCUCGUACGCCCAGGCCGAGACGCACGAGCGCUUCUUCGACUUCGCGUACGGCGGCGUGGAGACAGAACUCCACGCCGCCGCGAAACGGAGGGUCAUGAAAUACAUGAACCUCUCCGAAGAAGACUACGCGAUAGUGUUCACGGCGAAUCAGUCAUCGGCGUUCAGCCUCCUGGCCCAGUCGUACCCGUUCGAGUCCCAUCAGAACCUCGUCACGGUGUACGACCACGACAGCGAGGCGCUGAAGCCAAUGACUGACGCCGCAGGGAAAUGGCAUCAGUCCGCCACAUUUUCCUGGCCUGGCCUCAGGGUCAAUUCACGGAAAUUAAGGAAGAUUCUGAGAAGCAAAAAGGGCGGUUUGCUGGCGUUUCCGCUGCAGUCGAAGGUGAGUGGAGCUCGAUAUUCGUAUCAAUGGAUGAAUCUGGCGAGAGAGAAUGGGUGGCACGUUUUGCUCGAUGCAUCCGCUUUGGCAGCCAAGGAGAUGGAGACGUUAGGCCUCUCUCUAUUCCACCCGGACUUCAUAAUCUGCUCAUUCUUCAAGAUUUUCGGCAAAAACCCCUCUGGCUUCUGCUGCCUCGCCGUCAAGAAAUCGAGCGCUUCCGUUCUCAAACGGCCAUCCACCAACAUGGGGAUAGUCAACCUCGUACCAGAACCCAAAGCAGUGGAUGGAACAAAUAGCACAACAAAUGAUGAGGUGAUUGAGUUUGGGGGACUGGAUGAUGCGGAUGAAUUAGGAUUGAUUGGGAUCAGCAGGAGGGUGAGGUGCCUGGUGAACUGGGUGGUGAACGCGCUGCAAAGUCUGCGGCAUCCGGGGGAUCAGGGGCUGCCGCUGGUGGAGGUGUACGGGCCGGGGGUGAGGGUGGACCGGGGGGCCGCGGUGGCCUUUAAUGUGUGUGAUUGGAAGGGGGAGAGGGUGGACCCCGUAUUGGUACAGAAGCUGGCUGAUCGGACCAACAUCUCUCUCGGCAUUGGAUUUUUGAACAACAUAUGGAAAAAGAAGAGGAAAAGCCAAGAGGAUUGCGGCGUGGGACUGGGAGUGGUGUCGGCAUCGUUGGGGAUGCUGAGCGAUUUCCAAGAUGUGUACAGAUUAUGGGCGUUUGUUGCUAGGUUUUUGGACGCUGAUUUUGUGGAGAAGGAGAAAUGGCGUUACACUGCGCUUAAUCAGACAACUGUUGAGCUUUAACAUCUACUCUUGCUUCCGUUUCCGCUUCUCUUUCUCUUACCAAUUUUUAUUCACUUUAAUUUCUCGCUUUUCAAGCAUGCUUCAAAAUUGGUGUGGGAAUCGAAACUGGAACUGAUGUCAAGGCUGGUUACAAUUAAAAUUUUUUGGAACUUCUUCCAGCUGAGCUAGUUUAUUUUUUUGCUUAAUAGUAGUAUUUAAAUUAUGGAAUGAAUCAUAAUUUUAUCAAAUUUCAACUUUUUUUCUGUUUGUCAA